AUGAAGCUCACACGCGCCAUUUCUUUGACCAACUUUAUGGUCGCCACUUCAGCGCUCGGCUUUCAGGUCUUUGUCCUUUACCCUUGGCACAAGGAACUGGACAACGGGUUUGAAGACCUCAAAAAGGAGCACAUGAAGGUCCUCGACGCAGUUGGAAAGAGUGUAAGCGAGCAGCAGCGGAUGGCCUUCUCGAACAGGCUCAGCGAACUCAAGACACAAAGCUCUCGACGAUGGUGGUGGAUGUAA